AUGUUGUUUCUUUUGAUAUACCGAUAUAGAUGCAUUCUAUCCCUUUCUCUUGAUUAUCUAACUGAUGCGAGAUAUACAGGCUCAAGCAAUGUCGUUACCUCCAGUCAAAGCGAUGCUAACAAUCUGGCUAACUGCGACACUCUCCAUGGCAGCAUCACCAUCGCAUCCUCUGUCAGUGGGACGAUCACGUUAAACAAUAUUGAGGAGAUCAAGGGCUCAUUUACUGCAGAAAGGGUAUCGGGAUUAACUGGCCUCGUCGCGCCUGACCUCGAUACCUUCAAAGGCGCCUUGACGUUGCACAGCCUGGGAUCCUUGACUAGCUUAACGAUGGAUGCUUUGUCUGACGUCUCUUCGGGAAUUUCUAUCACGGGCAACUCGAAACUAAAAGCUCUCACCAUGAAGGAUCUAGAAAAGGUUGAGGGUCAAUUGCAGUUGACAGGGUCAUUCAGCAGUGUCUCACUACCUUCAUUAGAUGAAGUGAACGGCGAGACAACAAUCCGUGGCUCCAAGUCCAUGUCUUGCAGCACUCUGAACAGCCUACAGUCUGAAGGUGUUUAUCGCGGGGGUUUCUCCUGCAUAGCCUCGGGUUCAAGCGGUUCCUCGCUGAGUCCUGGUGCGAAAGGGGGCAUUGCAGUCGGCGUCAUCUUGGGGGUAUUGUUCAUUCUAUUGAUUCCGUGGUAUGUACUACGGGCGCGUCGCCAUCAGAAAAGCCAAAAUAUGCCAAAGGCAGCUCCACACUCGCCGUCGAUAAUAGUGUAUAAUGAGAAACAAACCGCUCCCCCUAAUCAGCCGAGUCUGAAGACUCUACUCCCAAGGAAACCUGUGGGCUCCACCGCUGCGCAACUGGACGGUAGCUCCAUCUACGAAGUGCCGAUGGUAUCGACUCCCGUUCGUGAAUACCACGAGUUAGAUGCGGGUCCCGUCCUCAGUUCACAUCAAAGGCCGAUCAAUUCUGAUGUGUGA